CCCCAUGCAGACGAAGAUCAAUCACCAUGAGACUUCUGGCUCCUCCAGAAUCAGGUUGGUCCAGAUGACAGUGACACCCAGUAUUUCCUUUGCUGAUGCUUGAAAUCCAUCAGACAAAGCCCCAUAGGGAGGACAAGAAAAGGGCCAUGGAUGGGUGCAGUGGCUCACACCUGUAAUCCAAACACUUUGGGAAGCCGAGGCAGGCAGAUCACCUGAGGUCAGGAGUUUGAGACUACCCUGGCCAACCUGGCAAAACCCCGUCUCUACUAAAAAAACAAAAAUACAAAAAUUAGCUGGGCGUGGUGCACGCCUGUAGUCCUAGCUACUCAGGAGGCUGAGGCAAGAGAAUCACUUGAACCCAAGAGGUGGAGGUUGCAGUGAACCGAGACCGCGCCACUGCACUCCAGCCUGGACAACAGAGCAAGACUCCGUAUCCAAAAAAAAAAAAAAAAAAUUGGGUCGCGGGAGCCAAAUGUGCAGAGUGAGCAGUGUGGCUGGGCAACAGGCUUUCACCCCCAAGUACAUGUCACUUCACUCAGUCCUCAAAACAGCUCUCUAACUCUAGAUAUUAUGAUAUCUAGAGUUUCUGUAAGUUCAGUGUUUUGCCUCUGUUUGUGUAGUUAGGAAGUGAUUAACCACACAAGAAAUCCCAGAGGUAUUGCAAGGCUACUGCUUUCAGUAAUCAAAACAAGGUACAGCCAAUAAGUGCUCUGAAUUUAGGGACUUCAUGGAGAAAGACCAUGUGGGCUGGGGCAGUCAGGGAAGGCUUCCUAGAAGAGACAGGUCUUGGGGUGAGCACAGAGAAUUGGCCCAGGCUGUGGACAGCUGUAGAGAGAGAGCCAGGAAAGCCUGUGAGCGGCGUGCAGCUGGAGAUAGAGACCAGUCUCACUGCGUCUGAGCCUCUGUGGCCUUGUCUGUAAAACAGAGAUAAUCACCCCAGCUUCAUGGGGUUGUGAGGAAGAUCAAAUGAGAUGACAUUUGUGAAAGUGCUUCGCCUACUUUUGGCACACGGUGGAAGCUUAGGAAAUGUCAGCCCCACCCACUCUCCUGACUAUCGGGAGCAAACCAGUAGAGAGGCAAGCAUGCAGUCACUGGGGCAGGCAGAGCACUCCCGGGCCUCAGAGGGUGCAAAAUGAUGCGGGAACCUCAAGGAAGGAGUGGGUGCCGCCUUCUUGGUGACAAGCCCUCCCCCUUCUAUUUAUCUCUGCUCCGAAGCCUGCCAGCCCACCCCUCCCCAGCACCACAGAGGCCAGCCUCCCUCUCAAGUCACCAGCACAGAGCAUUCAAGGCCCAGGGCCCCACAUCCCUUGGGGCCCAGGGGACCUAAAGAGGGGCAGUCAGGGCCCAGGCCUGAGGGGGAAAGCCCCAGGUAAAGAAUAUUCCUCCAAAUCCCACUCCAGCUCCCGCAGACAACCUGAUCAGGGUCAGGAGGACACACUCCUUCCUACCUCAGGCUGAGAGCAGCCUCUGAUGACACAAAAGGACCCUGAGGGUCGAGACCUCCCACCUCCACUUCAAAACAGUGUGUUAUUUAUCAAUAUCUUAUCCCCGGAAGUUGAAUCUAUCUCCCAGUGCCAACUCCGAGGUAAAUGACUUGACCAGGCAUGUGGCAUGGAUUAAGGCAUGAGAUAGGUGUUCCCACCACCAGAACGAGCCAGUGGCUGCCUCUCUUCCCUUUGAGCCCUCCCUCCACAGAGACCUGUGAAUAGGUGUUUCUGAUCCCUAGGCUGGUUGCAUCCCAACCCAGAGCAGGCAGCCUUGGGACUUCUAGCAUGGGCUGGCCUCAGGACAUGGAGCCAAAGCAGGCAGACCUGGCCCUGCCCUCAAGCUCCCAAGCCAAAGAGAGCCUGGCCCUCCCUCCCACUAGGUUUCUCCAAAGCCUGCUGCCUCCUGGUUUGAGCUUCUACUCUAUUCUUCCCCCACAGACUCCCUGCAAUUUACUGCAUCACCUCUAGACUAGCAAUUACAGAUGGAGCUCAGAACCUACUUCCUGAGCCUUCCUAAUCUCAGCAGCCCUGACAGCCACUUCCCUCUUAACACUAAUGCAGCUGCUUAUUCUGCUGACAUUAAGGUCAGGGCCUGGUCCAAGGAAGAGGACAGGUACAGCCCAAGCUUUGCACUUGAACAUCCAUGCUUCUGACCACCUGCCCUGUGACCCUGGCUCUGUGCCCCAGCCCAGAAAAGACUUCUGCCUACUCCUCCUCUGCCCUACCCAGUUAACUCCCUUUCCUUCCCUCCCUUCUGCUUCUCACUCCUCCCCUCCCUUCUCUUCCUCUUCUCCCCUUCCCCCAUCACCUGGGGCCCGAUUCAGCUGUGCCCAGCCCUUACUCUGAGUGCCCACAGAUGGAGCCUCCAGUAGCUUCUGUGGGGCACUCUUCCACCAGGUCCCCAGCUCCCUUGGCUCCAGCAGUGUCCAUGCUAAAGCCUCCAAGUGUCAUGUUGGAGAGAAUGGUGGUCACAGUAGAUAAGCCCAAAAUGCCUUACAGUUUACAGGCUGGAGUCAGGCCCCGCCACGUGCUGGCUACAUGACUUCCCUGAGAUUCCAUUUCCUCCUCAGUAAAAUAAGUGGUAAGAUUUUAGGAUCCCCAGCACUAAAAAGAAAUGAAAUACUGAUACAGGCUCCAACAUGGAUGAAUUUUGAAAGCAUUACUAUACUAAGUGAAAGAAGCCAGUCACAAACAAGCACAUAUUGGAUGAUUCCAUUUCUAGGAAGUGUUCAGAACAGGCAAAUUUAUAGAGACAGAAAGUAGAUUGAUUAGUGGUUGCCUGAGGCUGGGGAGCGGGGGAAGGGAAGUGACUACCAAUGUGUAUGGAGUUUUUCCAGGGUGAGAGGGUGAUGAAAAUGUUCUAAAAUAGAUUGUGUUGAUGGUUGCGCCACUCAGAAUAUACUAAAAACCAUUUGAAUUGUGCACUUGAAACAGAUGAAUUGUAUGGUAUGUGAAUUCUAUAUCAAUAAAUCUGUAAUUUAAAAAAAAAAAAUUAGGUCGGGUGCAGUGGCUCACACCUAUAAUCCCAGCACUUUGCCAAACUGAGGCAGGAGGAUCACUUAAGCCCAGGAGUUCAAGACCAGCCUGGGGAACACAGCGAGACCUCGUCUCUACUAAAAAAUUUUAAAUUACAAAAAAAAAAGUAAAAAAAAUAGAAUCCUAAUAGUACCUAUCUCAUAGGAUUGUGGAAAAUAGUAGUAAUGUAUGUAAAAUAUUUAGCACAUAGUAGGCACAAAGAAAUGACAGUUAUUAUUAUUAAGAGACCUGGGAGAGCUGUGCCCAGCCUAUCGUGGGAGGCCUUGACCUUUGGACUCAAAAGUGGCAGCAGGUCCACCCCCCCAUACACCCUUGUCACCAAGGAAGCGUCCACAGCUUAAAGGAGCUAUAUUAAAGCACCCCAAGUCAAGAGGACUGAACCAGAUCUGGAACUCACUCACCUCCCCUCUCACCUCACUGCCCUCACCAGCCAGCCUCUUGUCAAGUGAUCAGGCUGUCAACCAACUUCUCUAGGAUAAGGUUUCAGGUCAGCCCGUGUGUAUAAGACCAGUGCCAAGCCAGAAGCAGCAGAGACAACAGUGAAUGACAAGGAGGAGCCAUCCAAUCCCUGCUGCCACCUCCUGGGAUGGAGCCCUAGGGAGCCCCUGUGCUGCCCCUGCCCUGGCAGGACUCACAGCCCCACCGCUGCACUGAAGCCCAGGGCUGUGGAGCAGCCUCUCUCCUUGGACCUCCCCUCGGCCCUAAAGGGACUGGGCAGAGCCUUCCAGGACUAUGGUUGGACUGAAGCCUUCAGACGUGCCUCCCACCAUGGCUGUGAAGUUCCUGGGGGCAGGCACAGCAGCCUGUUUUGCUGACCUCCUUACCUUUCCACUGGACACAGCCAAGGUCCGCCUGCAGAUCCAGGGGGAGAACCAGGCGGCCCAGACGGCCCGGCUCAUGCAGUACCGUGGUGUGCUGGGCACCAUCCUGACCAUGGUGCGGACCGAGGGUCCCUGCAGCCCCUACAAUGGGCUGGUGGCCGGCCUGCAGCGCCAGAUGAGCUUCGCCUCCAUCCGCAUCGGCCUCUACGACUCCGUCAAGCAGGUGUACACCCCCAAAGGCGCGGACAACUCCAGCCUCACUACCCGGAUUUUGGCCGGCUGCACCACAGGAGCCAUGGCGGUGACCUGUGCCCAGCCCACAGAUGUGGUGAAGGUCCGAUUUCAGGCCAGCAUACACCUCGGGCCAUCCAGGAGCGACAGAAAAUACAGCGGGACUAUGGACGCCUACAGAACCAUCGCCAGGGAGGAAGGAGUCAGGGGCCUGUGGAAAGGAACUUUGCCCAACAUCAUGAGGAAUGCUAUCGUCAACUGUGCUGAGGUGGUGACCUACGACAUCCUCAAGGAGAAGCUGCUGGACUAUCACCUGCUCACUGACAACUUCCCCUGCCACUUUGUCUCUGCCUUUGGAGCCGGCUUCUGUGCCACAGUGGUGGCCUCCCCGGUGGACGUGGUGAAGACCCGGUAUAUGAACUCACCUCCAGGCCAGUACUUCAGCCCCCUCGACUGUAUGAUAAAGAUGGUGGCCCAGGAGGGCCCCACAGCCUUCUAUAAGGGAUUUACACCCUCCUUUUUGCGUUUGGGAUCCUGGAACGUGGUGAUGUUCGUAACCUAUGAGCAGCUGAAACGGGCCCUGAUGAAAGUCCAGAUGUUACGGGAAUCACCGUUUUGAACAAGACAAGAAGGCCACUGGUAGCUAACGUGUCCGAAACCAGUUAAGAAUGGAAGAAAACGGUGCAUCCACGCACACAUGGACACAGACCCACACAUGUUUACAGAACUGUUGUUUACUUGUUGCUGAUUCAAGAAACAGAAGUAGAAGAGGAGGAGGGAUUCUGGUCUUCACUGCCAUGCCUACACCUUUGUUUUGCACUGACAAGAUGGAAAAUAAAUUAUAUUAAUUUUUGAAACCCAUUAGGCAUGCCUAAUAUUUAGGCAAGAGAAAAUAAACCAAGAUAGAUCCAUUUGGACAAAAUGGAAGGUUGGAGACGUGUAUCCCCGUGAAAUCUGGUUAGAUAAUGAAUGAUAAGCAGGAAGGAUGGCAAGCACGGGACAGGAGGGGCCCACAAUAGAGUGGGAGAUCAGCCACGGAGCCUGGAGGGACGCCACCCAGCAACACAGAGCUGGCGACUGCAGCUGCACCGUCACACAUGCAUCAUCAGCCUAUUUGUAAUGUGUCUGCCACAGAGAGUCCUUUGGGAUUCUAGGAAACCCAAGGAACAAGAGAAAAAACUAGAGCCUGUGCCAAAGAAGCCCUGCUGGGCCCAUGUGAGGCUGGGGCUCGUAAAUAUUCCCUGACGACACUGAAGAAUCAAGAGGGCAGCGCCCCCCUUUCCUACAAAAUGGAGGGAGCCAUCCCUUCCCUGUCCACCUCACCAGGGGUGCUAUGACAUGCAAGUGAGAAGCUGGGCAUGAACGCACUUUAUAAAAGCAAAAGCUCUGUGUAAAUCUAACUACAAGGACAAUGCCUUGGGAGAGAUUUUGUCGGGACAGAGAGGAGUUGCCAGGGAAGAAGGUUUGAAAGACACAGUUGUCUAGAGGUGAGACCAAAGGAUCCAGAGACUUGGGGACCAGAGGUGACAGUGGAUGACGUGAAGCCACAGGAGCCCCACCCCCAUGCAGCCUCUUCCCCACCCCCCCCACCACGCGCGCUCAAUCGUGAGCACCUCAAAGGAUUGUUGGGCUUGGGGGAAAAGAGGUGGAUUCCUGGGCAAGAACCUAAAGUAGCAGGACUCGGAAUUCUCGGGAAAUUAUUAUGACUCAAUAAAAGAAUUCACACCUUAGGUGUGGGAGUAAGAACAGCCACUUCUCUGCCUUUUCUUUCUUGGAAUUUUCCUUUCUCAUUUCUAUUUCAGGCUUUCUGUGUGUCAGGGCAGGGCCAGAUCCAGCCCCACAUGCCUACACUUCAUCUGCCCCCUCUCACCCUGUUUAAUUGCAGGCAAGUAGCUUUAUUUUUUUAGGGCUCCAGCUCCUGCUUCUGCAAAAGGCAGGGUUGAACCAGACGACCGACUUCCAAGCUUAAGACUGUACAUUUUUCGAAUUGAUAAUGGGGACCCAAAAUGCCACUAUCUUUUUCUACUUCUUGGCAGCCUUGCGUAGCUCUGAUGAUUGUCAGGACUGGGUUCAAACCUCACCCCAUUCUACCUUACUAACCACCUAGCCACAGGGAAUCCUUGCACCUUGGUGUGCUACCAGAGAAGUGGAAAUAAUAAUCGCUGCUUCACAGGCUUGUUGUGAGGGUUGACCUAAAACUCCUUGGAAAGCAGACCUGCUACCUGGGAGGCUUAAGCGAGAAGAUUGCUUGAGCCCAGGAGUUCAAGGCUGCAGUGAGCCAUGACUGCACCUGUGAAUAAUGACUGCACUCCAGCCUUGGCAACAGAGCAUGACUCCUUCUCUGAAACAAAACAAACAAAAAAUCGUUGGCAUACAGGAGGCACUCGGUAAUGUCAUUUCCCUGCUUCCCUGCUCCUACCCCUCCAGACCCUGGGAAAAAGCAAAUAUCUAUUCAUCCUCAGCACUUUCCUAAAUUUAAAUUAUAACUUGAGAUCAUCUAUGUAUACAAACUGGAGAGUUCAUACAAAAGCAAAAAAAAAAUUAUUUUGAUUUAAUGUCUGGCUUGGUUUUCAAAU